GCAGACUCUGGCCUUCCAGAGGAGCACCCGGCGGCCUUUGCGUGUCGGACCAUGGGCUGGAAGUUGAAUGAUGGGGUUUCUUUGAACGACGCCUUGAAUUUGGAUGCUGUUGCGAAAGCUUCAGAAACGCAGACACUAGGCGCUGUCAUGGAUGAAGGGGUCAGACAGUACCAGCGAAUGCUUCCUUUGGCUCCAAAGGAUAUGCGAUUAAUCAAUUGGCAUUUUGCAAAUUUGGAGUAUGCAAAUGCCGCGAAUGUGGGUAAGCUCAGUCUUUCUGGGUGGGAUCAGGACAUGGGCAACGAGUUCGAGGGCGAGCACUCCCAGAUCAUAGGUGGCUUCCAGCAGGUGCCUUACGGGCUAUGGUCUUUGCCUACAAAACUUGACGUCCGGACAAAUAAGACUGUCUCAAAAAUAUCCUAUGACUCGACCGGCUCGGGCAAACGCAAAACUGUGGUUCACUGUGACGACGGGGAGAGUUUUGUAGCAGACAAGGUGGUCUUCACUGCCUCUCUGGGCGUUUUGAAGCACCAGGCUGUGCAGUUUGACCCCCCUCUUCCGGAUUGGAAAGUGGGGGCUAUCGAACGGCUUGGGUUCGGCCUGAUGAACAAAGUCAUCUUGGUAUUCGAAGAGCCGUUCUGGGACACCGGACGGGACAUGUUUGGGCUUCUACGCGAGCCAAAGAACAGGGAUAGCAUGGUUCAGGAGGAUUAUUCCGCGAAUCGUGGCAGAUUCUACCUGUUUUGGAAUUGCUUGAAGACUACCGGUCUUCCAGUCCUGAUAGCCCUGAUGGCUGGCGAUGCGGCACAUCAAGCAGAAUGUACGCCAGACGCUGAAAUCAUCACCGAAGUCAUCAGCCAACUUCGAAACAUCUUCAAGCACGUUGCCGUUCCCGACCCGCUAGAGACUAUUAUUAGCAGAUGGGCAACCGACAAGCUCACUCGAGGCAGCUACUCCUUCGUUGCUGCCCAAGCACGUCCUGGCGACUACGACUUGAUGGCACAACCAGUUGGUAACCUGCAUUUUGCCGGAGAAGCCACCUGUGGCACUCACCCGGCCACUGUCCAUGGCGCGUACCUUUCAGGACUCCGCGCCGCAUCGGAGGUGAUUGAAUCAAUCGUCGGCCCCAUUGAAAUCCCUCAACCGCUUGUCCCAGAGAAAACAAAGCAGACAGGCCCCAACAACCCCGGAAACGCCGCGGUAUCUGCUAAUGGACAAAUGGGAAAAGAAUCAUCAGCGCCAACCACCAUUCCCCCGGGAGGAACCCCAAUCCCAGCCCAAUCGAACAACUCGCAACCAAAAGAUGCAGCCCUAAGACAGGCAUACGAACAGGAAAUGUGGGCAGCCGUCUACGCAGAACUAGGCCCACCUGAACCCCGACCCGCCAGAACCGGACUAAACGCCUUCCUCCUCUACCAGAAAGACUACUGGCAAAAAGCCAGAGAGCAGAGCGAUGAAGCCCGACGCGAAGCCACGAAGAACCCCAACGCCAAGGCCGCCCGAGACGAGGUCCGCCACACCCUAGGCCUGAUGUGGCGACAGGCCAGCAAGGAGGAGAAGAGGCCAUAUAUCGAGCAGACGGAGGCUAAUCGACAGAUGAAUGCGGAGGUAUGGGGACAAUGGAAACUGAGGAUGGCGGAAUGGGAGAAGCGGGCGAAGGAGUGUAAGGAGCGGUGGUGCGCUACGCAUCCUUUUGAGGCGUGGACGCCUGGUUCCGUUCGUCGUACGAGGGCAAGUGUGGUCUGAGUGUUGAUUCCCUCCUACAAGUCAUGCCAAGGAAGAGGGGGUAUUGAAAUGGAGGAAAGCGAGCUAUUAACUAUCAGCUAUUCGUCUAUCAUCCUUCUCACUGAGUUCGUUUGCUGUCCCAUUUUUUUAAUGUGCCGCCAUUGUCCUAGUAUUUAUAUAGAUAGGAAUUUCACUUCCA